AUGUCAUAUUUGGUCGUACAGUUAUUCAACAAAAUUUCGAACUAUGGCCGGUUUCGCUUUAAAAGUAAAAACAAAAACCGGUCAACAAAUCCUAAGCAACUUGACGCCCGAUAGUACGGUCAAAGAACUGAGGACGGCCCUAUCGAACGUGUCGAACAUACCGGAGAACCGUCUCCUGGUACUUUCUGGUUACCCACCGAAAAGCAUAGAUGUUUCACGGGAUUCGUUAGUUCUAAAAGAUUCGGGCAUCAAAUCCGGAGACACACUAAUUCUGGAAGAGAAGCCGGCUGCUGCAGAGCCGGUGGAACAGCCUGUGUUAGAGCCAUCGAACGCCAAAGGGAUUUUGAUGAAACAAGUAGUCCCAGCGGACAACUCCUGCCUGUUUAGCAGCAUACACUUUGUAUUGAACGGGAAGGUGGAAGACUCGGCCGAAAUUGCGCCCUCCAUGAGGCACAUCAUUGCUGAGACAGUCUCAAAGGACCAGACCACUUACUCCGAGGCAAUUUUAGGGAAGCCCAAUGCAGAGUAUUGUGAAUGGAUCAAAGAUAGCAAUUCGUGGGGUGGUGCCAUAGAACUGGCUGUUCUUUCAGGUUACUUUGGCAUUGAAAUUGCUGUUGUUGACACUAUUAAUGCGAUAAUUAAUAGAUUCGGGGAGGACCAGAAUUAUGGCAACAGAGUGUUCCUGAUGUUUGAUGGAAUACAUUAUGACCCUCUGUAUCUUGAACCUUUUGAUGGUAGUCGAAUACAAACAAUAUUCCCCAGCGACGACGAGCAAAUACUGAAAGACGCAGAACUUCUGGCACAAGAAGCAAAAUCAAGUAGACAAUUUACUGAUGUCAAUAAGUUUACGCUUAAAUGCAUGGUGUGCAAUGUGAUGUUGACGGGACAAGUGGAAGCCCAGAAGCAUGCAGGCUCAACAGGACAUAUGAAUUUCGGCGAAGUUUGAUAUUAGAGAUAGAAGUAACUUACCAGACCUCAAAUACUUGCUCCAAAGAUAUGAGAUUGUGUUCAAUUUUGCGCUGCCAGAUAAAAAAUCAAUUAACAGUGUAAUUUUAAGUAUAAUUUACCUUAUUUAUUACAUAUUGUUUAAAGAAUUCUUAUGACCAUGUAAAACUUUUUGUUUUGCUUGUUUUUUUUUAUUAUACACUUAACUUCUUUGUAGUUUUAAGGUGAAAAAACUAUGUAAUUCUUAAAUAUAAGUAAGAAAUGGUGUAAUUACUUCUAAGCCAGCAUAUGUAAUUUAUUAUAUUUUUUGUGGUUUUAUAAAAUGGUAAAAAGGAACUAUUUGUAGAUAUGUACCUGAAACAUUAUUAAAAAAGUGAACAGUAAGACUA